AUGAUUGAUGACCACUGCCUCAAAGUCCGACCUUGGGAACCCAUAUUUAAUGCCAGGAAUGCUACCAUUGACAAGGUAGCUUGGUGGUUUAGAGUACCAAAGGUUUUUCUUGAAUAUUUUGAUGAUGAAGCACUUACAUUCAUCGGCAACAGAAUUGGCCAAACCAUUAAAGUAAAUAUUCAUAUGGCCUGGCAGUUGAGAGGCCAUAUUGCUCGAAUAUGUGUUCUAGUUGAUUUUGGUAAACAACUAAUGUUUGGAUUUCAUUUAUAUGGGGAGGAUUAUUAUUUAGAGUACAAAGGUUUGCACAUGUUGUGCACUAACUGUAGGAUUUAUGGGCAUCAACUUGAGACUUCUCCUUCAAAGAAGUCACAAGUUAAUUUGGAGAAUAGAACAGAGCAAGCUAAUGCCACAAGAGGUCAGGUACCACAAAAUGCAAAACAAAGUGAUGCUAUUAAGCUUGAUUGUGGAAAGUUGUUCAAAAAGAGAGGCGGCAAAGAAAAGAGAAAAACAAGGGACCUGAACCUUCUUGUCAGGAUCCUUCCAGCUCACAUGUUGGGGUGCUUGCCAAUGGUAAUGUGA